UGAGUGGUGGUGGUGUCCAUCCUGAAGGUGUGCGUAGCUGCCGAUGCGCAGUCUCCUGGCCAUGAGGCUGCGUGAAGACGCCGCGCAUUUCCAUGCAUCGAGACGCCCUGCCGCGGCCCUGAGUGGAAGCAAUUCCAGUGAAGAAGAAGAAUUCGUAGAUAUAAAAAAAGAGACGAGUGAUUGAUUAUUUCACUCCCAUGGAAUACGCAUUGGGCUGACGGCAUGGUCUCCCAAAGAGGACUUCAUGAACAUUCGUGAGCGGAUUACCCUGCUCCUUUCCGCGAGAGGGCCAUUGCGCAUCGGAUUGUUUUUUUUAUUUUAAAGCAAAAAUCGUCUAUUCCACGUAGAGUUUUUUGUUGGUUUAAUUUUUGUUUUCAGCGCACGCUAAGCCGUUAGAAACGGACCCCCUAGCGGGAGACGCUGCCGGGUCUCGCCGCGUGCUGUCCACGUCUCGCAGACCUGGAUCGCCCAAUCUCGCGUGGCCGCCUGGAGCCGGGGACUCCAGCCAAGACGGCCUCCAUGGAGCCGGAGCACGGAGAACCAGGAUAUGGGGGCUCAGAGCCCACGGGGUCCCAGGAAGGUCGGUCCCUCCACCUGCAGCACAGCUCGAGAGAUGGGUCCGAUCUGCUCCUGAUGGACGUGCAGGAUCUGGACGAGAGCAACCCUUGCUUUGACGAAGCCGUCUUCUACGAGGACCCUCCGCCGCGCACCCGCCUGGAGCACCCCUACUCGUCUCUGCCCUCGCUGCCCCAGGCACAGGGCUUAGAGCAGGGUGUCCCCCUGGGCUCCACCUGGUCCCAGCUGCCCUGCUCCCCGACUCCUCUCCAUGGCUCCAUGCGCUUCCCCGAGCUGGGCUUGCGCGAUGCCAAGGCGCGCCCCGUCUCCCCGCCGUGCACGCUGCUGCUCGGCUCCCUCAGUCGGUUUCCGGCAGCCGAGUCGAGUCUCGUCGAUGCCGAGUUCCCCAGCGGGAGGUGUCCGGGCAAGGUGAGGAAGGCCGCCGCCACCACGGCUCCGGGGUCGCCGGUGCGCCAAAAUUCGGGAGACGCGCCCCGGGGCUCGUCGUACCUGCGUGUUCCCGAGGAGGUGGAGAUGCGCGUGGAGGGCGCGCGGCGCCGCCUCUCAGUGGCGCUCAGCAAAUUCGUGGCUGGGGAGGAGAGUGGGCGCGGCGCGAGGAAGCUGUCCAUCAGCCUCACGGAGCUCACGAAGAUCAUGAGCGGCCACGACAGUGACGGAGGGGAGAGUGAAGUGGAGGAGGCGAUGGUGGAGGUGAUGGGCGGCAGCAGUGGUGGAGCGGUGAGGAGACGCGCCACGGAGGACGCGGCCAAGAGCGACUCUCUCGACUGCAUCUUCAAGGCGUCCACGGGGAGGAGAGACACGAGACAGGGUCUCCACCUGGAGCUUCAGGACCUCCCAGGAGGAGGACCUCUCCUCAAAAAGUCCUCGACCUUCGCGCACGAACGCACCCCGCAGCGUGGACCCUCCACACCGCCACCUCGUCAUCAUCAUCCACGCAGGGUCGACACUGAUCCCGGGCCCUCCGAAAAGGAGGAAGAGGACCCCACCACCACCCCAGGCCCCGGGACCAGGCGUGGAGACCGAGUCCCCUUGGAGGCCCUGUGCCUCCUGUCCCUGUUGGCCUACACGUGGCUCAUCUUCCCUCUUCCCCCGCUCCCUUCGGGUCUCCUCCUCGGGGCUGCCUGGGGCUUCGCAGCAGCGAUGGGCUCCAUGUGGCUCCAGGCAGGGACAGCGGGGGGCCCCAGGGCUCCUGGCAGAGCCUCCAGCCGCAUGGGGCACGGGCUUCGAGGACGGGGGAAUGUAAAGACCCCGGCAGGACCUCCCGUGCACCAGGGCUGGAUGAACGAGGUGGACGCCUACGACCCGGAGACGUUCCACAGCUCGGCGCUGCGCGGGGUACGCGUGGAGCUGCGCGGAGCCACGCUGUGCCUGUCACGCACCGCGCCUGGCACCAAGGACCCAGAGCCCUGUGGCUCCGGUGGCUCGAGCAGCAGAACGAGGAUGCUCGACAUCGCCGGGUGUACGGUGCGUUACGUUCGAAAGUAUUGCCGCCUCGUACGCUCGAAAUUUUGGCGUCAUCUGGUUUGGCGUGGGGUCCCCCUGGUGCAAGCAAUGAAAUGGGGCCCCCUGUCCUCCUACCCUUGGCUUCGUGGCCCAGUGGCUGUGCCACCUGCACACUGGAGAGCUUACUACGCCUCUGAGCUGUCGCUGGCGCCCGCCCGCCUGGCUGAGAAACGAACAUGGAGCAAGAAGUACCCCAUCGUGCUGGCGCUGAGAGGCGCAGCGAGCGCCGCCGGCGCUGAGGGCGUGCGGAGCGGCGCGGUCCAGGUCGCGGGGUCGGAGGGAGGCGCGGCACUCUUUCUGUUUGGACGUACCGGGCGCGAGAAGGAGGAGUGGUUCCAGAGGUUCCUCCACGUGUCGCAAGGAGCGGAUGGAGAUCACGCGGAGUCACACGUGGCGUUGACAGGGCCUUGUUGGAGCAACGACCACGGGAAAGACGCCGCUGGGCCACGUGCCCCGCUCAGCUACGAGCGAUACAUGAAGAGCUUCAUCCCCGUGGACGGCCCCAGUCUCCCCCACGGAACGUGCGGCAGCCUGGCCUGCGCGAGCCAGGUGGGCAGCGAGGUGUCAUGUAUCAAUGCGCUCAUCGGGAGGAUCCUGUGGGACGCGCUGACCAGUGAGCAAUGGGCACAGCUCAUCUCCUCCAAGAUCCAGCAGAAACUCGGCAAAAUCCGGCUGCCGCCGUUUCUGGACGCGCUGGAGCUCACGGAGCUGGACAUGGGCAAGGACGUGCUGCGGAUCCUGCGCGCCUUCCCGCCCACACUCGACUCGCAAGGACUGUGGGUGGAGCUGGACGUGAGCUACAGUGGCUCCUUCGAGAUGACUCUGGAGACAAAGCUGAACUUGUCGAAGCUCGACAAGGAGGAGGCCGAGGGCGGAAGAGCAGCGCAGGAUUUGGAUCGCCGCCGCAGGUCGCGCGCGAAGACCAUCGAGGACAGCGAGGACGAGUCGUCGGCCGAGAGCUCCCUGGACGGCGAUGACGGCGGCGACGGGACGGAGGCCGUGCCCGGUGGCCAGGCCGAGAGGCGAGAAGCCACGCCGAGAACGAUUCGCGCCGCGUGCACUCGGCACCACGGCGGCGCUGCGCCUCUUCUGGCGAACGCUUCAGGGGGAGCGCAGAAGCCUGCCGAGAGAUGGCGGGGGAGGGGGGGGUCCCCUGGCUGUUCUCGUAACACGCAGUGCGCACACUGCUCUGCAACAUUUACGAAUGGAUACAUCUCUUGGCUUCAUGCUCGCGGGAUAAUGGGACUAACAUUGGGGGCGGAGGGUGGUGACGGAGUAGGAAACGUGUACUUAGGAGCAGUGCAUGUUCUCGCCGCCGCUGACCACCUCCGCGCACUCCGCCGACGCUGCCUCUGCGGGGUGAGUGACGCUGACGCAGCCUCCGCGGUUCCCAUCACCGGUGCUGCUUCCCCUUCCCACAGCGCGGACGUGGCGGCGGCGGUGGGCACGGCUCGCUGGAGCAGCCCCGGCCUGCUCGGUCUCCUGGGGCGGCUGGCCCGCUCCGACUGCCUGCGGCGCGCGGCCGAGAACCCGCUGGUGCGUCGCACGGUGGCCGGCGUGUCCAACACGCCGCUGGCGCUCACCGUGGCCGUGCACCACUGCUGGGGCACGCUGGCGCUCAACGUCCCGCCGCCGCCUUCCGACAGAAUCUGGUACGGGUUCCGCGAGCCUCCCCACCUGGGCCUCAGAGUUCAUCCCAAACUGGGGGAGCGGCACGUGACGUUGGCUCACAUCACGGACUGGAUCGAGAAAAAGCUGGAAGUGGAGUUUGAGAACAAUUUUGUAAUUCCCAACAUGGACGACCUUCAAAUUCCCAUGAUGCACCCUGCUACAGAUGCGCUGCACUCAGCUGGAGUCGUCUUCGCUGCCCAGGCCGCCGUGGGGGACCCCGUCAAAGUUCCCAUAAACCCCCGUGGAGUUUCCGUGAACGCCUCUCACACUACAACUACAACAGUGCUUACGCAAGGGUAGCCGCCUCCUAGGUACAACAAAACGGGACAUAUUACGGGAAGAAGAAGAUGAUCUCUCAAUGCCGGACGAAGGGAGAGCUGCAUGUUAAAACGUCGUCUCGAGUCGUGUAUUAUUUAUAACUGACAAAAAUUGGGACCUUUAAUGUCCAAGAAAAAAUUGACAGAUUUUCAGAUAUCUCAGGACGGCUCGUGUAAAAAGAAGACGACGAUCCCUGGGUCAACCAAGACUGGUGGCAGCCGAGGCUCCCGUAGUACUCAAGACCACGUCGCUUUGUGAUGCCUCCUCCUCUAAUGGACUGCUUCCUGGGCCUGAGCGGUGGCACUGAGGCAUCAGCUGCCACUGGUGCGAUGUGCAUCCAUCCCGUCCAGGAGAGGGGGGUCGUUUUGACGACUGCAGUUCGGCGUGUGCGGGUUUUUUCUUUUCAUAUUUACAAGCCGCCGUACGCUGGCCGUAAGAGUCGACGGACAGCCUCGGUUUGCUGGGAUGGGAAAGUGCGCGGACGGAAGCAGAGUGCGGCGAGAGGGCAAGAGGUAGGCAGGGGCUGAGUCCGCGAAGAAUCUUGGAGACGCCGAGUGCCACCUCAAACAGAGAGCUUUUUGCGGCUCAUUUCCAAGAAGAAAAAAAAAA